GCCGUUCAAAUGUUUACAAGUGAAAUGUUAUAAUUGUUAGAGGAUACAUUAUUAUAUCACAUUGUGUCAGUGAUAAGAGGAAUUUAUUAGUUGGUAAUUGAACAGUUGAUUAGAAUUCAAGCUGAGCAAAAAAUAUUCAAUCAAUUUGUGAUAUUGAUAUGUAGGCUGAACACGUCAGUGUUCCGAUCGUGUUCAAGUGUGUUCAAUAUUCAUCAAGUGAACAGUGAAUAUAGUGAAACGGUGCACGCGCCGUAAGUCUGCAUCUCUCCGCGGUUACUCUGUGCAGUGUGCAGUGUGCAGUGUGCAGUGUGCAGUGCAUUGUGACGACAUGCAGGUGAAGGAUCACGUACUCCAGUGGUAUUGGUACUUAGUGCAUUGAAGGAGAUACCGGCACAACGCCGGGCGCAGCCAGCUGCAGGAUGCAGUCAGGUUCGCUGCAGACGCAGCGCAAGAUCACGUGGGUGGUUGAAGUGGGAGAGGUGCCCCAAUACGCCUUCGCCCCCUACGAGAAGCACGUGAACCAUAGCAAAUACGAAAGGGAGGAUGUCCAAAAGAAAACGUUUGCAAAAUGGAUAAACUCACAAUUAGUGAAGAACGACAAGCAGCUGGUGGGCGACCUGUUCGUGGACCUGCGCGACGGCGAGGUGCUGCUGUCGCUGCUCGAGAUACUCACCGCGCAGCAAUAUAAGCGCGAGCGCGGCCGCAUGCGCGUGCACCACAUCAACAACGUGAACACCGCGCUGCACGUGCUCGAGACCAACGGCGUCAAGCUGGUCAACAUCAGCAGCAACGACGUCGUCGACGGCAACCCCAAGCUCAUACUCGGUCUGGUAUGGAGCAUAAUCCUGCACUGGCAGGUGCACUACCACCUCAAGGACCUGAUGUCGGAGUUGCAGCAGACCAACCUGGAGAAAACAUUGUUGGCUUGGUGCCGUACCCACACACAGAACUACGCGGGCGUGGACGUGAAGAACUUCACGAGCUCGUGGUCGGACGGGCUGGCCUUCAACGCGCUGCUGCAUCGCUGGCGGCCGCAGCUGUUCGACUUCGCGGCGCUGCUGCGGAAGUCGCCCGCCGCCCGCCUCGACCACGCCUUCCACCUCGCGCACUCCCACCUCCACAUCGACCGCCUGCUGGACCCCGAGGAUGUGAACACUCCGAACCCUGACAAGAAGUCGAUCAUGACGUACCUGAUGUGCCUGUUCCAAUCGUUGCCGCACUCCAGCGAGGACGUCGCCGAAGUGGAGAGCUUGCACUCGGACCACAACACCCCGCUCGCUGAUCCCCCCACCGAAGUACGUAACGCGGGGCGCAGCCGGCCGCUGUCGACGGCGACCACCGCGUCGGGCGAGCUGGGCGGCUACGGCAGCGCGCUGGAGGAGGUGCUGGCCUGGCUGCUGGCCGCCGAGGAGGCGCUGGACGCCGCGCCGCCGCCCGCCGCCGCGCUGCCCGACCUCACCCGCCAGUUCCACGACCACGAGCGGUUCCUGCUGGAGCUGGCGGAGCACCAGACGCGCGUGGGUGGCGUGCUGGAAGAGGGUGCACGGCUGAUGAGCGACGGCGGCCUCACGCGGGACGAGGCGGCCGAGGUGCGGCUGCAGAUGCGGCUGCUCAACCAGCGCUGGGAGGAGCUGCGUCAGAGAGCCAUGCGGCGGCAGACCGACGUGCACGCCGCGCUCAUGCAGCAGCAGCAGCGCCAUCUGGACGAGUUCCGACAGUGGCUGACGCUCACCGAGGACCGCAUCUCGCGCAUGGGCCCCGGGCUGGACGCGGUGGCCGCGCUGCACGAGGACCUGGCGCGGCACCAGCCGCUGGUGGACGCGCUGGCCGACUGCGUGGUGGUGGUGGAGGACGAGGCCGCGCCCGACGACCGCGCCGCCGACAUCGAGGACCAGCUGCGCGCGCUCGGCGAGCGCUGGGCGCACGUGUGGCGCUGGACCGAGCAGCAGCGCGCCCGGCUCGCGGCCAGGGCGGCGCUCAUCGCGCGCCAGCACGACCUGCUGCGCGGCUGCCAGGACCACGAGCAGGCGCUCAAACAGAUGGAGGCGACCCCGGUGAGCGAGGUGGGCGAGGUGGUGCAGCGCAUGGAGCGGCUGCGGGCGGUGUCGCGCGCGCUGUCGCUGCAGCAGGCGGCGGCGGCCGCGCAGGGCGAGCUGGCGCUGCGGCUGGCGCGCGAGGAGCCCGGCGCCGGCGACGAGCUGGCGCCGCUGGCCGCGCGCGCCGAGGCGCUGCACGACCGGCUCGACGCGCUGCGGCUCAUCGUCGACGUGCAGGCCUCCCGGAUAAAAGAGCUCGGGUUCGAGUUCGACAUGGACGCGCCGGAGACGCCGACGGCCUCCGCCUCGCCCCCGGCCCCGCCCCCGGCCCCGGCCCCGGCCCCGGCGGCCGACGACGCGCGCUCGUCCAAGAAGAUGCGGCUGUCGUCGGACGCGGCGGCCGAGCGUGCAGACUUCCAGCUCGGGUACAAGGUGUUCGAGGCCUGGGCCGACGCCGCCGAAGCUGACUUGGACAAGUGCAAAGGAGAAUUAGAAGACAAGAGCGACAAGAGGAGGGAGAUUCCGUCGACGCUGGAGCGCAUCGAGAAGGAAAUCGAGGUACAGCGCGCGGACUUCGCGCACGUCGAGGAGAUCCAGCGGCGGCUCGCGCGCGGCGGACUGCAGGAUGAAGCGAAACAACAUGCGACCAGUAUAAACGAACUAAAGAAGCGAUGGGAAAACAUUCAAAGAACUCUGCUCGAGAUAAGAAAUACGAUGAACCUUCUAGAAGACAAAGAAAACUUUUAUAAAGUUCUAGAAACGUUCCGGAAAGAAUUGGACGAUAUCCGAGCGUGGAAGGAUAAGAUGUUAACGGAUCCGCCCACGAAUAAUCGGUUGAUACAUUUGCGGAAUAAGAUCCGUGCCGUGAAGCAGCUCGAGAUGAAACUGAAGGAACUGAAUGCACAAACUAUAAUUUUACUGACUAAAUCGCUACCGAAAACGCACAAGGACGAGAUCGAAAUAGAUUCGAAACGAAUUAACGAAGUUUACGAGGAACUGUUGACGCAGCUCAGUAACAGGGAGGUUGAGAUGAAGCUCGUUCUGAAUAAGAAACCCCGAGACCAGGAAGAUGAAUUUAAAACUCUGCAAGCCAAAAUACAGAGCAUAGAGAGUGAGAUCAUAGCGGAGCACGCUAUGGUGACGACGCGCGACGAGAUGGAGCUCAAACUGGACGAGCUAAGGAAGUUGCGGCUCGAGUUUGAUCGGCUGCAGUCCAGCUACGAUGCCGUCGUAGAGCAACGACGACAGCACUACGAGAAAGGGAGCUUGCAGGAUCUGAAUCUGCGCAGCAGUCUCGAGAACUUGGUCACCCGGUUUGGAGACUCCAAAACGUUACUGGAGCAAAAGAUAGGGAAACUAGAAAAAGGCAUGGAGAUGUUGAAGCGAAUACAGGAGGAGAAAGAAGAGCUGUCACGCUGGUUGGAUAGCGUACAGCAGUUCGUCAGCCAGCACCAGCUCGUGCCGCUGGGUGAGCUGCCGCGUCUCGAGGAGCUGCUGGAUGCCAGUAAUAAAUUUGAUGGGGAGAAAGACGCUUAUAAGUCGAAAUUGGAGGCGAUAGAAAAACUGAAGGAGACAAUACUUGAAGAUUGUGACGAUAGUGUCUCCAAAACAAUACAAGCCGACACCAAAGAGUUAAGGAGACAGUUCGAAUCCGUUACGGAAACUUCGUUCAAAUUGAACGAGAGUCUCCGUAGAGCUUUGGAGAAGACGGAAAGCGUGUUCCGGAAAAUCGGAGAGAUCGAAGAGUGGCUACAGGGCAUCGAGGAGCAGAUUCCGAAGGAAGAGGAAUGCAACAUCGGCGAUUCGGCGGAGCUCUAUCAGAUGAAAGUGCGCUACCAAACCCUCAAGGACAAGUGCGACGAAAAGACGCCGGAGUUUAGAGAUUUGAACGAAGCCAGUCACGAGGUGCUGGUGGCGGCGGGCGCGGAGGCGGAGGCGGGGGAGGGGCCGGGGGCGGCGCGGCCCGCCACGCUCGCCCGCCGCGUCACGCAGCUCAACGCGCGCUGGAGCGGCGUCACGCACGCCGUCUACGAGCGCUACAAGGUGCUGGCGGAGGCGUGGCUGGAGUCCGGGGAGCUGCGCGCGUGGCUGACGCAGGAGGCGGCGUGGCUGGACGGGCUGCAGCGCCGCCUGCGACGCUCGCCGCACGCGCCCGCAGACGCGGAGGAGAUCGCUGACGAACUAUACGACUUGGAGAACUACAUCCAGAACCACAGCGACGAGCGUCUGUCGCGCAUCCAGGACGUGGGCCGUCAGCUGGCCGACGCGCACAUCAUGCGGGGCUGGGUGCAGGCCGAGGUGGACGCCAUCACGACACGCUGGCACCAGCUGCGGGACGAGGCGGCGGCGCAGGGCGCGACGCUGGAGCGGGAGGCGCGGUCGGCGGCGCGGUCGGAGGAGUCGCUGGAGGAGGUGGCGCAGUGGCUGGACGCGCUGGAGGCGCUGAGCGCGGGCGAGCUGGGCGCCGCGCGGGCCCGGCUCGCGGCCGAGCUGGCGCCGCACCAGGCCGCCGCCCGCCGCGCCGCGCGCCAGGUGGCCGCGCACGCCGCCGCCGGCCGCCGCGCCGCCGCCGCGCGCCUCGCCGACCGCCUGCGGGCCGCGGGCCGCCGCCUGCGGGCCGCCGCCGCCGCGCUGCGGGCCGCGGGCCGCGCGGCGCCGCGCCUGGCCGCCGCCGCCGCGCGCCUGCGGGCCGUGCGCGACGACCACCACGCCGCCGAGCGCGAGCCCGCGCCAACCGACCCCGACGCGGUCAGACUCCAGCUGCGGCACUGCCUGAAAUGUUAUCGAACGCUGAGCGACAUGAAGGCGGAGGUGGAGGAGACGAUCCGCGAGGGGCGGCGCGCGGCCGAGGAGGCGAGCGAGGCGGCCGAGGGGGGCGAGGGGGGCGAGGGCGGCGAGGGCGGCGAGGGGGGCGAGGCGGCCGAGCUGACGGCGCGCGUGGACGCGCUCAAGGAGCUCUACAACCGGCUCGGGGCCGCCGUCACCGCGCGCAAGCAGCGCCUCGAGGCCGCGCUGGCCGCCGCGCGGGACCUGCAGGCCGCGCUGGCCGCGCUGCGGGCCGGGCUCGCCGCCGCCCCCGCCGCGCCCCCCGCCGCCCGCGCCCUGCACCUCUCGCGGCUCGCGGCCGUGCGCGCCCGCCUCAACGCCGCGCACCACGCGCUCGCGCCCGCCGACCCCGCCCUGCGCGCGACCGUGGCCGAGCUCAACGCGCACUGGGACCGCCUGCGACGCCCGCCCCAGAACAUUACUACACACGAACGCGUCUACGGGUACUCGAUCACACACGAACAUGUUCAUCUCGACGUGAAUGUAAAUAUACUAAAUGUAAAUAAGAGCUCCCGGUGUCGGUUCACUCACGUGUGGUGUGAAGAUCGCUUGUCUCACAACAUUAAACCAUCUCACUCCGGCGCAGACGCGUCGGGUUUUCGACGGACUCACAUCGCCCGGGAAUCAUGCUUACUCACGUUUGUCAUCGACACGGUGCUACGGGCCGACGACUCCGCCGACCCCGUCGACCCCGGAGACGCCGGUGACCCCGGUGACCUUGGUGACGCCGGUGACGUCGCCGAGUACGAGAAGGUCACGGAUACCAUCAAGAGGCGGCUCGAGAGCCCCGUCGACUCGACCGAGACGGACAAGCCUGAGUUCAAGAAGUCUAAAAUACCGCUCGCGCUGAACAGCCCCGUGCCCAUCCGGCGGGCCGUACAGGCGGCCGGCAGCGGCGCUCGCAGCUCGUCGCUGGAGCGCGCCCCCCGCCCCCCGCCGGCGCGGUCGCCCGCCUCGCCCGCCGCGCAUCAGCACAGCAGUACAUUCAAUCUCCUCACCGACAGCGAACUCUUUACACAAAUAUCCAAGAAUAAGGAGGAAGCCACCCAGAAGCCGCGGUCUGCGGAUGGAGCGUCCGCAGAUCGCGAGCCCGGCCCGGAGUCCUAUCGGAAGGUCGAGGUGAAGGCCCACGAGAUAGUGAAGGCGACGGUCGGGCCCGUGGAGCCGGUGACGACGCACCCGGACCCCGUCGAAACCGUGAUAGAGUUCAUCCCGCAGACCGUGGAGACCGUCGAGAUCGUAGACGACACCGAGACCGAGUCGGCGGACGGGGACACCGGCCACCACAGCGGCCACCACACGGGCGGCGGGCUGGGAGCGGGGCCCACCACGUUCGUGGUGGAGGUGACGCGCGCCGAGCGCCGCAUGCGGCCCACGCUCGGGAUCCUGACGCACGGCCGCGGCGCGCGCGGACCGAUGACAGUGACCAUCGAGGCGCCCGACGUGAUCCCCACCACGGGCCGCGUGGCGCCGACCACGCCGCCCGCCACGCCGCCCGCCACGCCCCCCGCCACGCCCCCCACCACCCCCGCGGAGGGCCCGUGCGCGCCGCCGUACGCGAUGUGGGCCGUGCAGAGGUCGGUGCACCGGCGGCUGUGCGGGCGGGAAGUCGACGAGUACCUCAUCCUGGACGACGUGCCCAAGGACCGCGCCGCGCUGCCGGAGCCUUCUCUCACGGGAGAAACUUUCGAAACUAGUACUGAAGUACCGAGUAAAGCGCACUAUCGACCGAUAGAUCUCGCGAAGCGGUCGAUUCGGCUGCCAGUGAUACCUCAGGAAUCUGACGUCUCGGCGCGUACUGACGAAGUAGACGAGAAGUCCACCACUGACGAAGAAAUAAUAUAUUCGGAAGUCGAAGAUACAUCUCAGGUAAACGCGGACGACGGCGAGCCUGGCGUCAGUGACCAGCCUGAACGUGGCGAGCGUGAGGAACGCGAGGAACGCGAGGAACGUGAGGAGCGUGAGGAGCGUGACGAGCGUGAGGAGCGCGAGGAAUCCGCCGAGAGUGAGGAGCGCGGCUCGCCGCUGUGGACGUCGACGCCGGUGAAGGCCGCGCACGUGGUGGCCAUGUCGCCCAAGCUGCCUGCGCGGGACCCCCACCACCUGCUCAAUGGCACGUCCGGUGCGGCGGCGGAGGGUGCGCAGGGUGAGGACGACGAGGCGGCGGUGCAGGAGUUCAGCGCGGCGGCGGAGCUGAUGGUGCGGCGCAUGGACGUGGUGCUGCUGACCCUGGCCGGCGUGGACAGCGAGCGGGACCCCGCCAAGCGGCUAGAGAUCCUGAAGAACCAGCUGGGCGCGCUGGCGCCGGACGCGGCGGCGCUGAUCUCUCGCGGAGACUCCCUCGAGUACUCGCAGCACGCCACGCACCCUCUGUCUGUCGAUUUUAUUAUACGAUUGUUUCAGGAUAAAUUGCGGAAAAAGUGGUCUAUGAUCAUGACAGAGGUAGAGAUUAAGCGUAACCAAGCCCUACAGGCGGAGGACGACGUCAAGGAGCUGACGACGUUGGUGGAAAGUCUGCAAAAAUGGCUGAAAGAGAUCGAGGACUUAAAUGAGGCGCAAGCAAUGGAGAUGCUCUUGGAACAAUUCCCGGACCACGAGGACGACGCCGAGCGUCUGCAAGAGUUGUGCGGGCGGCUGCGCGCGCGGCACGUGUCGCACGCGGAGCGGGCGGCCGCGGACGUGGCCGCCGCCUGGCGCCGCGCCGACCGCCUCCACCGCCGCGCGCUGCGGCCACCACACUCGGAGGCGGCGUCGCUGGCGCGGCUGGCGGACGCACGUGGUCGGGUGAGGGCCGCGCACAGAGCAAUGCGGGCCGCGCGCGACACAGACACAGACAAGGAGGUGGAGGCGGCGCUGAGUGAGGCGCGAGCACAGCUGGCGGCGACGGACGGCGAGCAGCACGUGGCCGUGCAGCGAGCACGUGGUCGCCUGCGGGACGCCGCCGCCGCACUCGCCGCGCAACGAUCACACACUGACAGUGAGCGGACGGACAACGAGCAAGAUGAGAAGGUAGAGAAGGAGAAGACGGAGGAGGAGAGCGCGGCGGCGGCGUGGAGGGAGAGCGCCCUCAGUCAGCUGCGGGAGGCGCGCGCGCUGCUGCUGGCCGCCGCCGCCAACGGCUCCGACCGCUCCAGCCUCGCCAUCCGCCUCACCCUCGUGCAGGUACCGCCCCCCGCCCCCGCCCCACACUGCUGCUGGCCGCCGCCGCCAACGGCUCCGACCGCUCCAGCCUCGCCAUCCGCCUCACCCUCGUGCAGGUACCGCCCCCCGCCCCCGCCCCACACUGCUGCUGGCCGCCGCCGCCAACGGCUCCGACCGCUCCAGCCUCGCCAUCCGCCUCACCCUCGUGCAGGUACCGCCCCCCGCCCCCGCCCCACACUGCUGCGGGCCGCCGCCGCCAACGGCUCCGACCGCUCCAGCCUCGCCAUCCGCCUCACACUCGUGCAGGUACCGCCCCCCGCCCCCGCCCCCGCCCCCGCCCCACACUGCUGCGGGCCGCCGCCGCCAACGGCUCCGACCGCUCCAGCCUCGCCAUCCGCCUCACCCUCGUGCAGGUACCGCCCCCCGCCCCCGCCCCACACUGCUGCUGGCCGCCGCCGCCAACGGCUCCGACCGCUCCAGCCUCGCCAUCCGCCUCACCCUCGUGCAGGUACCGCCCCCCGCCCCCGCCCCACACUGCUGCUGGCCGCCGCCGCCAACGGCUCCGACCGCUCCAGCCUCGCCAUCCGCCUCACCCUCGUGCAGGUUCGUCGUGGGGUUCCAGCCCCCACACCACCCUCUUCCACCCCUCCAGUCCCCUUUCCUAGUACAUCACCCGUUCGUGUCGUGAUGUCGCAAAGGGGCAAAGCCCCCAGGAAACCUCCUGACAGGGGAGCUCCCCGAACUGUUGUGCGUCGGGAUCUGAGGAACCCGACCAAGCUGGUCCCCGCCACUGAGCUGGGGACCUUCCACGCUCGCCCGGCAUCCAAGGGCACCCCCUCUGCCCUCGCGGGAAGCGGCAAUGAUGCCGCCGACCGGGAACCAGGCAGAGGGGAAAGAUGCGCGCAACCUGGCCCAUCUAAAAGACGCGCACCGCUGUCGCCGACCUCGCCCGCUAGAGGCGACAAACGGAGGGACUCGGGUACCGUGCGGCGAAAGCCCUCACCCCCUCCGCGCUCACCCUCCCCCCCGCCGGAUAGCGGGAGCGAGGAGGAAGGGGAAGACAGGCGUUUUUACGGCGACGUACAUGCGUCGCCUGCGACCUCGCCUGAGCCUUCGCCAGCACCCUCGCGUGUGCCCUCGCCGCCACCUCGCUCCUAUACGCUAGAUAGGGGCGAGUAUGAUGCCACGUCAUAUGCGGCACUUGAAUCGGUGCCACAAUCGCCCGAGCCGAUGCUCCCCCCCGUCCCCUCGCCGCGACGACGAACCCCGCCGUCCUUUGCGGCAGUAGUGGCAGGCCCCGCCACCCCAACCCCCGCCACCACGGCUCCAGCCCCGCAAAUGCCCUCACAGGGUAAGGUCGCCGAUACGGGCGUAGAACCCGCCACAGGGCGAGGCAAAUACCCCCCCAUAGUGGUAGAACGCCUCCCUAACUGGACGCGCCACUUCGACCAGCUCAGGCGCGUACUGGGGGAGGCACCCAACGCAAGACCCUACGGCACUGGGGUUAGAUUCCUGCCUAGGACGGACGAAGAAUUCCGUGCCGUCCAAAGGUAUUUGAUAGAGGCCAGCGAAAAGGACCCAACAAUAAGUUGGUACUUUUAUAGUCUGGCCUCCGAACUGCCCACCAAGGUGACGAUACGGGGCCUCCCCGCCGACACCCCCAAUGAGAGGAUAGUGGAGGCACUGCAGGAGAAGGGGUUCGGAGUGCGGCUAGUGCGGGGCAUACCCGCGCGUCGCGGCCGCCCCGGCUGCAUUUUCCACGCCCAACUCGACCCCAUGGACAGGGACGAGCUCACACGCUUGUACGCGACUGACGAGCUCCUGUACAUGCGGGGCGUCGUGGUUGAGGCGUGGAAGCCGGCAUCGGUGCUGCCACAAUGCCACAGAUGCCAGGCAUUCGGCCAUGCAUCGGCCAAUUGUCACCGGCCUGUAAAAUGCGUUCGCUGUGGUGGGGAGCACCCGGCGGCGAAUUGCGACAGGCCGCGUGACCAAAAGCCGACAUGUGCCAAUUGCGCAAAACCUCACACCGCCAACGACCGGAAGUGCCCGGUGUAUAAAAGAGAGGCCCGGCAGAGGGGAAUCAAACCCCGUCCCCCCGUCCCCCCGUCCCCACUGCGUCGUCGACGGCGCCCAAGGCGCAGCAACGGCGGCGCAAUAAUCCCACCGCGGCGCCUCGUACAUACGUCGCCCAGGCUCCCCCUCCCGUAA